UGAGCAGUCGCGCGCCGAGCCCCGAUUCUAUGGCCCGCGGGGAGCGCGCCGCCGCUGCGCCGCCCACCCGCAGCCGGAACCAGAGCUCCAGAACCAGGCAGAGGGCAGCGGCGCGAGCCGCGGGCUGGGGCCCAGGGGCCGGGCCGCCCCGGGCGCGGGGCAUGGGAGCACGGUAGCCGGGUGGCGCAAGGAUCCCAGCGGCGGGCAGGACCCGCCGAGCGAAGAUCGCCAAGCCCUGGGAGAGCCGGAGACAGCGAACCUCCCGCCCCCGGCCUCAGCCCCGCCAGGGCCCUCCCCCGGCGGCGCGCACUGGCGCGCGCACACACUUGCACACCUUUCCUCCGCUCCUGCCCAGCCUCGCCUGGCCCCCGUUGAAGCACCCCAGGGGGCCCGAUGCCAUGGGUAACAACUUCUCCAGUAUCGCCUCUCUGCAGCGAGGAAACAAGAGUCGCGCGUCGCGGGGCCACCCCCAGAACCUCAAAGACUCCAUCGGGGGCUCCUUCCCGGUCACCUCUCACAGAUGCCAUCACAAGCAGAAGCACUGUCCGCCUGUGCUGUCAGCCGGGGGGCUCCCGGCCACGCCGCUGCUCUUCCACCCCCACACUAAGGGCUCCCAGAUCCUCAUGGACCUCAGUCACAAGGCCGUCAAGAGGCAAGCCAGCUUCUGCAACGCCAUCACCUUCAGUAACCGCCCAGUGCUCAUCUACGAGCAAGUCAGGCUGAAGAUCACCAAGAAGCAAUGUUGCUGGAGCGGGGCCCUGCGACUUGGCUUCACCAGCAAGGACCCUUCCCACAUCCACCCCGACUCGCUGCCCAAGUACGCCUGUCCUGACCUGGUGUCUCAGAGUGGCUUCUGGGCCAAAGCUUUGCCCGAAGAGUUUGCCAACGAGGGCAACAUCAUUGCCUUCUGGGUGGACAAGAAGGGCCGCGUCUUCUACCGCAUCAAUGACUCAGCCGCCAUGCUUUUCUUCAAUGGGGUCCGAACAGCUGACCCGCUCUGGGCCCUGGUGGAUGUCUACGGCCUCACGCGGGGUGUCCAGCUGCUUGACAGCGAGCUGGUGCUGCCCGACUGCCUGCGGCCGCGCUCCUUCACUGCACUCCGGCGGCCGUCCCUGCGAUGCGAGGCGGACGAGGCGCGCCUGUCCGUGAGCCUGUGCGACCUCAACGUGCCGGGAACCGACGGCGACGAUGGCGCACCGCCCUCCGGCUGCCCGAUCCCGCAGAACUCGCUCAACUCGCAGCAUAGCCGCGCGCUGCCGGCGCAGCUCGAUGGCGACCUGCGCUUCCACGCGCUGCGCGCUGGCUCGCACGUCCGCAUCCUGGACGAGCAGACGGUGGCGCGCCUGGAGCACGGGCGCGACGAACGAGCGCUUGUCUUCACCAGCCGGCCGGUGCGCGUGGCCGAGACCAUUUUCAUCAAGGUCACGCGCUCCGGCGGUGCGCGGGCUGGCGCGCUGUCCUUCGGUGUCACCACGUGCGACCCUGGCACGCUGCGGCCUGCCGACUUGCCCUUCAGCCCCGAGGCCCUAGUGGACCGCAAGGAGUUCUGGGCGGUGUGCCGAGUGCCCGGGCCUCUGCACAGCGGCGACAUCCUGGGCCUGGUGGUCAACGCUGACGGUGAGCUGCACCUGAGUCACAACGGUGCGGCAGCCGGCAUGCAACUGUGCGUGGACGCCUCGCAGCCCCUCUGGAUGCUCUUCAGCCUGCAUGGCGCCAUCACGCAGGUCCGCAUCCUCGGCUCCACCAUCAUGGCUGAAAGGGGCGGCCCAUCUCUCCCCUGCUCACCUGCAUCCACUCCAACCUCUCCCAGUGCCCUGGGCAGCCGCCUCUCUGAUCCCCUGCUCAGCACCUGCAGUUCUGGGCCUCAGGGUGGCUCGACUGGCGGGACGGCUCCCAACUCACCUGUGAGCCUGCCUGAGUCACCAGUGACCCCAGGUUUGGGCCAGUGGAGUGACGAGUGCACCAUUUGCUAUGAACACGUAGUGGACACAGUCAUCUACACGUGUGGCCACAUGUGCCUCUGCUAUGCCUGUGGUCUGCGCCUCAAGAAGGCCCUGCACGCCUGCUGCCCCAUCUGCCGCCGCCCCAUCAAGGACAUCAUCAAGACCUACCGCAGCUCCUAGCCCACAUAGCCCACUGCAGAGCCCACCCGCACGCCCACUUCCGCAGACGUCAGCCCAGCAACAGCGAAGGGCGAAGCCAACAGGGUCCCUUCUACUUUUUCAAAACUCUUCCUCCUUUUCCAUUAAACAUGGGAAACCAAGGUCCCUGGAGGUUUGGGCUGAGAGGGUCUAAGGCAAGGAGUGGGGGGGGGGCACAAGCAGUACAUAUGAGUGGAGGGGAGGAGAGAAGGCUACCCCACAAUCUCCUCUUUACCCAGGUUUCUGCAUGGUGAGGGGCUGAAGCCGAGUCUCAGCCUGCUCCCAUCCCUCACGAUCUAGGCAGAUUUCUAAGCUGUGCUGCCCAUGUGGCACCUGGAGACAGCGAACAUGUAGCUUCCCCUGGGCAGCUCAGGAAGAGGCCAGUGGACUCCUCUCACCCUGGGCAGAUGCAAACUGCAUGUCCUGUCUCUUUUUCCUUACCCAGAGUGGGUAAACAGACAGGCUGCAGAAGAUUUCAGGUCCUAGGUCCUUGACCUUGUGCCAACCUGCCGCGUUCAGGACCUCUCCUUGCCAUAACUUGCACCAAUCAUCUCACUGGUGCCGUUGCCUAGGGUGCCCUUCAGUGUAGGCUGAGGUGGGCCCUACUGUUGUCAGGGUCUCAAAGAACAGGUCCACAGCCACCCCUAAGGCCUGAUCUCCUUCAUCUCAGUGCCCGCCUUGGCCUGGGCUGAUUCUGCCAUCGUAUGCCCAGGAGGGACAGGAGCCUUCAGUGGGGUGGGGGUUUCCUGGGCUAUGGACAGCCCUUUCCCUUAUUUUUAUUUAUUUAUUUAUUUGGUUUGUGAGUUUUGUUUGUGGGUUAAUUCUAACCUGGGGGCUCUUAAAAUGCUACUAUUGGGGGGCUCCCCGGAGAAGGAGGCAGCAGAGAGCAAUCACCCAGAAUUCCCCAGGCCCUCACACAAGGCUCUUGGGCAGUCCUGCUAAUUCUUGGGUGGAACUCCAAGCUGAGGCCUCCCAAGAGGUGGAUAAGCCUCUCUUGGAUGUCGGACACUGGCAUCCACCUGUGCCCUUCUUCCCUGGGUAGGAGCUACGUUAGCGUAGUUGGUUCAAGGGCAUCUGCUCUCCAGGAGUUUAUCUCUAUAAAGACAUCAUAAGUUCUGGAAGGUUGGGGAAGGUUAUUGACAUAUGGGCCAGGGACCAGAAUGGAGAUCUUUGUUAGAAGGGUGGAUCUUGAAGGCUGGGCUCUUAGUCCUGCUAAGCAAGUGUCCAUCACUACUGCUCUCCCUGCCUGCUCAGGGUUACUAUGGAGCCUUAGCCUGGGCUCUUCCAGCCCUUGGCCCUCAGAUGGCUGGUUUUAUACCAUCAGAGCUGGCUUCUGCCUUUGACAAGCAAGGUCUGGGGCUCUGUGCUGGCCACUAGCCAGUUCUAUGGCCUUGGCCAGAGGUUACCAUCCAAACCACAGCUUCCCCUGUGUAAAGUGGCUUGGGGGUGGAACACUCUUCAUGUGGUUCCUGGGAGUUCUUCUGGGGUGUCUCCUAGGGGGGAACGUACUGGGGAAGCAUUGAGAGUGGGGCGCCAGGGUGGACAUUUGCCUGCACUGCCCUUGUAGGGACCUGGGGAAUCUGUGCCACCCUGGGUCUCCUCUCUUUAGUCACUCUGCCUGGUAGACCCUUUCUGUGAAAGCAGGCUGGAGCUGGUAAGUUGCCCCAUCCAGUUCGGGGUCAUUUGAGAGAUGGAGAAAGUCCGAGCACUGGGCUGUCUGGCUGGAGGUGGGAAAAGAAGCCAUCGUCCAUUCUGCUAGAACAGAGGUAGCACUGCCUCCUUUGUGAACUGGGUCACUGUGUCUGUGAAUAAAGGUGAUUUUGUACCAGC